AUGUCCGCCUCUAUACCCCAGCGCUGUGCCCGGCGACUAUUCCGGGAAGCCUCCCAGCGCAGCUCAGUGCCCGUCUUCCUUGCCCCCGCAUUUUCUGCCCGAGCCUUCUCCUCCACGUCCCCGGCGCAGUCCAGAGUCGGAGGUGCCGCGAUCUCCAUCCCCCCAGAGGUAUCAUUCAAGCUCGUCGACCUUCCCAAAUCUCUGGUUCGGACGCGCGGAAAGGAUAUACCCAAGUAUGCGGCUGAGAUUAAGGGCCCCAGGGGCGAGAUGUCCCUGAGCAUUCCCUCUUUCCUUACUGUUACCCCCGAUGAGGCUGGCCAGAAAGCUACCUUGUCUGUCUUGGAUGCGGCUGUCCCUCAUCAGCGUGCUAUGUGGGGAACGACCCGUGCGCUCCUCCAGAACCACAUUCUCGGUGUUUCCGAAGGUCACGUCUGUGUCCUGAGUAUGGUUGGUGUUGGUUACAGGGCCACCAUUGAAGAGACUGCCACGACGGCCGAGGCCACCUUCCCCGGCCAGAAGUUCGUUUCCCUCAAGGUCGGAUUCUCCCACCCAAUUGAGCUUCCUGUCCCCAAGGGAAUUGAAGCAAGCACACCGCAACCCACCCGUAUCCUGCUUGAGGGUGUCGACAAGCGCAUUGUGACCCAGUUCGCAGCUGAGAUCCGGGAUUGGAGACGCCCCGAGCCUUACAAGGGCAAGGGUAUUUUCGUCAACGGAGAGACUAUCAAGCUCAAGGCCAAGAAGAUCAAAUAG